AUGCUGGAGCUCAGUCCCUUGGGUCCUUUGCCAUCGCCGAUCGAGGAGGAGCGCGAAAACGAUCGGUUCACUACAUCUACAAGACUGUCGAGGCAAUCAUCCACUAGCAAUCCCGGUACCGCUGCAAACGGCCGCAAAGUGCAGCGCCCAAGCGAUAUAAGGGCGACACGCGCGGACGCAGACGAUUUCCAGAACGCUCUAGACACCUCUCGACGAGCAGCACAGCGAUCUUCGGACUCGGCGACAUAUGCUCUGAGGUUGAAUGAAAGGCCGAUCUCCGCCGGCGGAGGAUACGAUGACCGUCAUGCUCUCAUCCCAGGUCGGCUUAACUUUGAUAGCGAAGAUGGUGGCGACCAAAGUGAGGAGGUAGCGGUCCCCGUGACAGCGGAAGAGCUGCGAGUCGACGAGCGCGACAAGUACUGGCGUUGUAUCGAACGUGGGAAAGCUGCGCUGCUCAAACUUUGUUCGGUGGCAUCAGCAGCAGCGACAGGGAGCGCGCCUCCAGAGAUCCGUGUGGUGGCGGCGAAGCCAAAUGGACACGAUCGGCGCGAGGGCUUCCAGGACUUUUACUGCCAGGCGCAGCACGAGCCCUUUGCUGCAUUCAGGGACGGAGGCGCCUUGCAAAUACCACAUCUCACCUCUACAGCGGCAGAUGCGACGCAGAUUGGUUGCUGGGCGGACGCUGACGUGUUUUUGCUUGUUCGGAGUGCGCCAUUUCUGUCCUUCAAGACCGUCGGUGGGUCCGACGGAGGCUGGUAUUGGACAGGCGAACUUCCUCGCGAGACGUUCCAUCCGCCUCUGCUCGCCAUUCCCUCCCAGAUCGCUCAGUCAUAG